UCUUCCAUGCCCAUUGUAUUGAGGAUCACCUGUACGUGUAGAGGAAGUCAUUGACAGAUAGUUUUUCCAUGCCACUGUCCUGCCUAUUCUUGAAUUUCCAAUUGGACUUAAAACUUAGAAAGCUAUGGAACUGGAAACCAGAGCGUGUGGAGCGUUUUGAAAACGAAGAACAAGAACGUUGCACGUGUUGGUCAGCGGAGGUGACAUCAUCUACCAACAUGGCGUUGAUUGAACAAGGUGAUACGGCGGCACCCGAAAACUGCCAAAGACUUGUAAUUCUUGGGUCAAGUAAAGUAGGCAAAACUUCCAUUGUGUCGCGUUUCCUGUGCAAUAAAUUUGACGACAGCUACACUCCGACCAUUGAAGAUUUUCACCGGAAGAUUUACCGCAUCAAAGGAGAGGCCUACCGUCUGGACAUUCUCGAUACUUCCGGAAAUCACCCUUUUCCCGCCAUGAGGCGUCUGUCCAUUAUAACAGGGGAUCUAUUUCUAUUGGUGUACAGCAUAGAUAGCAGGGAAUCAUUUGAAGAAGUGGAGCGUCUGUGUCAACAAAUUCUAGAAUGCAAGACACAGUGUAGAACUAGGGUAGGUGAACGGAGACGGAAAGGGGGAAUACCCGUUGUUGUUGUUGGCAACAAGUGCGACAGAGAGAAAUCUCGCGUGAUAGAUCCGGCGGAAGCGCUGCAUCUAACCGAAAUUUAUGAAAACUGUAUGUUUAUAGAAACGUCCGCGAAGAAAAACAUCAACAUCGAAGAAUCCUUUACAAGACUAUUUGACAUGGGGAAUCUUCCGUUAGAAAUGAGUCCUUCCCAGCAUCGGAAGGUCCAUCCUUUCUACGUAAGCGGAAGCGCGUCACAAACCGGAAGAAAGGGUAUGUCCAUUCGGAGAAAAAUGUCUGACGCUUGUGGAACAAUUGCUCCAAAUGUCAGACGACCUAGUAUACGCACGGAUCUCAUGGUGGCACAAAUGAGAACUAAAACAUCCAGUUUGUCCAAAAGUGAUGUUAAAGAAAAAUGCGUGAUUCAGUGAUAGGGAGUUUAUCACUGAGGUACUGCAUAAUAGCAAUAAUCCUUCAUCGUUUUCAGUGUAUUUUCAAUAUUACCAUUUUAUGAAUAUAUGUGAGUCCUCCGUCGUUGUUUGCUUAAUCAGAUAAAAAAUACAAUGUGACAGAGUAAAA